GUUGGCGCCAUUGGCAGCGAGUCGAGCUUAUUUUUCAGAACGCGAGCGAGAACGCAGCGCACGACCGAAUCGCGAACGUCUCGCGUUAGCACGCAAACUGGAUCUGACGGUCGCUGACGGUUCCUCGUGGCAGUCGUCGCGCCAGGAAGCUCGACCGAGCGGAACGUUUUACGGGACAUUUAUGUGAGAACGUAGCCGAGCGAGGAUGGUGUCGGUGAUGCAGCCGUACAUGGACAUCGAGAGCUCCAGGAGUUACAUCGACGAGCUAUAUUCCCCGGACGCGCAGAAAUGCCUGGAAGCGAUUAUAUGCCUCAAGAACUCAGUGAUCGGCAGCAACAGGCAAAAGGGUUCGGUCAUAGCUCAGGGUGUGGUGCCCCGGCUCUUGCAGCUGCUCGGAGACACGUCCGGUACCAUCGGCGAUCGUAUACGAUUAGAAUCGGCUGUAACGUUGGGUUCCCUAGCCAAGGGCACGGAUCAACACGUAUUGGCGCUUAUAGACUUAGGUGUAGUACCGUUGCUCCUUCAAGUCUUGCUCUCCUCGCCGACCCCCGAGAUCGUCGCGGACGGCAAGAUGAAAGUGCUGGAUCUGCUGCACGAGGCCUGCUUGCGGUGCCUGCGCACGGUGUUCCAGCAUGCGGCAGCUCCAGUUCACUCGAUUUAUCAGGAUCCUGCGUUAGUACCACGGUUGUUGUCCCUGGCGAGUCGAUCGGUCACCUGUCAAGUCUGUGUCGCGACAAUCUUAACUACAGCAUGUAAGACGACGGAGGAGCAGAACGCUCUGUCCAAAGGUGGAGCCGUAGAAACGUUGGCGAUGCAACUGGAUUCUCCCCUAUCCGAUGUUCAACUACCCGCUCUAGCCUGCUUAGCAAACAUGUGUUACCAGAAUCACAUGGUGUCGGCUAUGGUCGCUUCAGCCAGUACGAGUAAUACUGUUCACGGUAGAUUGGUCCCAGUCGCGCUAGGCCAAUUAAUGGGACGCGAGAAGAGUUCGUUGAUACAGCUCGAAGCGGCGAGGUGCAUUGCGUAUAUGCACAGGGCCGGUGCAUUGCCGUCCACUGAUCCGCGAGUGGUGUAUCGCGCGUUACCCUGCCUUGUACGCUUGUGCCAUCGGGACCGACCGCCGCGCGAGAGAGUCGCCGCGGCCGAGACACUUGCGUAUCUGACCGAGGUCGACACAGAUCUACAGCGUUUAGCUUCCAUUAGCAAUCAUUUGAUACCGACACUGGCGGAGUUAUUGAGACCGCACCCGCAAGUCCAGGAUGCAACAUUAACGCAAGAUAUGCGACAAGCUGCGUUCAGAGCAUUCGCAUCUCUCGGAGCGAAUGACGAAGAUAUUCGAAAGCGUAUUAUCGAAACGGAAAGUCUUAUGGAACAAGUUGUUUCUGGUCUUCAGGAUCCUGGUGGAUCACGUGUUCGUUUAGCCGCGGUUAGAUGUUUGCACUCCCUAUCGAGGAGCGUGCAACAGCUUCGCACUACGUUUCAGGAUCAUGCAGUAUGGAGGCCGCUUAUGCAGUUGUUACACGGAGCGGACAAAGGGUUGGAGGGUAGAGGCGAAGGUGAAGGUGAUUUAUUAACUGUUGCCUCGAGUACUUUAUGUAAUUUACUGUUGGAGUUUAGUCCGAGCAAAGAGCCAAUUCUCGAGUCCGGCGGAGUAGAGUUAUUGUGUUCUCUCACUAAACGGCCCGAAUCGGCACUCCGACUGAACGGCAUUUGGGCCCUAAUGAACGUGGCCUUUCAAGCGGAGCAACGUGUAAAGUCGCAAAUACUCUCGUGCUUGGGGACAGAUCAGAUAUUUCGUCUCUUGGCCGAUCCUGAGUUAGGCGUCCUGAUGAAAACGCUGGGCCUGUUGCGAAAUUUGCUUUCCACUAAAGCUCACAUAGAUCGUAUAAUGGGCGAGCACGCCACGCAUGUUAUGCAAGCGGUCAUUCUAGUACUGGAAGAUCCUGAACACCCGGCGGACGUCAAAGAGCAAGCACUUUGCAUUUUAGCAAAUGUGGCCGACGGCGACCGAGCUAGAGAUCACAUCAUGGCUAAUGACGACGUGCUUAAGAAACUCAUGGAUUAUAUGAUGCACAGCAACGUGAAACUGCAAGUCGCUGCUAUUUUUUGUGUAUGCAACCUAGUCUGGAGAGAGGAACCCGGCGCCGCGCAGCGGCAAGCGCGUCUGCGGGAAUUAGGAAUUCAUCGUAUUUUGCAACAAUUACGUCACACGAAAGACACUCAGCUAUUUGAGAAAGUCAAGACUGCCCUAUCGCAAUUCUACGAACCUUGAACUUGGGACGUUUCGCCGAUGAAGAUUAGGUUAUGAUUUCAAGUGUCUUUUUUAUAUUUGAAAUAAAUUAGGAGUUUAGCUGUUAAUACUGUGAUCACCUCGGUUGACAAUGUAUAAUCGAAAGUUACAAACAAGACGAACAAACUGAUAUUUCUGAGCCUAUGCCUGUAAUCUGUCUCUGUAGUAUUUAUUUAACUUAAUAGAGGAAAGUAACGCGGAUUACACAUGAUUCGUUUGCUUACGUCAAAGGAAGUGUUUGAUAUAUAUUAUGUACAACAUUGAUUUACAAGCAGAGGCUUCAGAUGUGGAUUGUCAUAUGCAAUAAACAGAAUUUAAAGGGAUAAGUAAAAUCAUGAAAAGAAAUUGAAAUAAAUAGAAAGUAAAUACA